AUGGCCUCUCGAGAGGAAGAGGAUCCAACCUACGGAGAGCCAUUUGUCUAUGCAUGUUGGGCACUCACAGGCCUCGUCUCAGUUGCCUUGAUCUUCAGAUACACCGUCAAAGCAUGGGCCAGCCGAGUUCUUCCCACUGUGAGCUCCCCGACAAGAAUAUGGGGUGCCGAAGACUUGUUAUUUGUGAUGGGCUAUGGCUUUGAUAUAGCCCAUAUAGUCCUCAUUCAAAUAAGUCUUGACUAUGGCUUGGGUCGACACAUUUGGUUCCUGACCGACGAGCAACGGAUUGGGGCCAUGAAAUAUGAUUUUCUCUCCCAGCCUUUAGCUGUUACCGCAUCGAUGUUUUCGCGCUGCGGAAUGACCUGGUUUCUCUAUACUUGUUUCAGCAGUCUCGACAGACAAAUCCGGAUCGCAAUCAUCAUUGGAAUGGCCAUUCAGAUAGUCGUGAACUCGGUGACCGUCUUGCAGAUUGUGCUUCAAUGCGGGCCAAGUCCGUACUACGUGACAAACCGAGGAUCAUACUUCCACUACAUGUGGGACGGCGUCCCAACCGAUGGUUCAGUCGUCUGUCAGUCGCCAAAUGUCCAAACGACAAUCGGCUUUGUGCAAGGAGGAUUCAACUCCACCGUCGAUUUCUUCCUAACCAUCCUCUCCGCCAUGCAACUAUGGCAGUUCAGCAUCCGCACCGUCGACCACACCCCGGACGGCUCGAACUCAUUCCUUGCCCGGUUUAAGCGCAUGCCUCGGCAGGCCCGGAAACGGCGGAUAUGGCAAACUGUUAUCCUUAGUGGGCCGUUGGCCUUGUCGGGGUGUGCCUCUAUUGUGAAGACUUAUUUACUCAAAUCUCUCGGAGAACGGAAUGAUUUUACACAUAACAUAAUGAGUUUCAUCUUAUGGGUAAAAAUCGAAAACUACUGUAUCCUGCUCGCAACCUGCGGGCCCAUAGUCCGCCUGUUCGUGCGCGUCGUCUUCAACAACAACAACAACAACAACAAAAACCCCUCUACAGGGAAAUGCAGCUCCUUCUCCAACAGCCGCAGACGUCAAUACCCAUUCGACGGCAGCGGCGGCGGCGAAGUCGACAGGGACCCGCGCAGCCAAGGGAAUUCCAGUAAUUCCCAAACCCAAACACAGGGGUCUAUUCUUAUGUCCGUCUUCGGGGACAAGACUAUAGCCGAAGAAGGGCUCUAUUGUGAUCAUAUCCACGGUGGUGGUAGAACUAGUAGUAUGGGGCUUGCGCGACGGGGCACGACAGCCAGCACGACAACUACGAUUGGGGCUGCGAAGCCUAGGGCUAGUGCGUCUCAUUCGAGGAUGAGGAGUAGUGAUGAUGGUAGGGAGAGCGAGGAAGGUGGUGGGAGGGGGGUUACGGUGAAGACGGAUAUUACGGUGCAAGUUGCUGAGGAUGGGACGUCAACAACAGGGCUAAUGCCUCCUAGGUAUGAUAAUUAG